AUGAAGCAGAACAACAAAUUUAUCCUUGCCCAACUCAAGAAGCACCAUAUAGAUUUAUCUUGCUAUGGACUUGAGAUCAAAGCAUUCCGUAAGAUUCGAGAGCGUUUUGGGUUCAUUCGUGUGCGUAAGCAGGGACACACCGUGGAGUCAAUCCGUGAUGCUGUUGUGCGCAUACGUGUGAUAUAUCCGAAUGCAGGAGGCAGAGAAAUGGUCAACUUGCUCUUUCACGAGGAAGAGAUCUUGGUUUCACGCUCGAUAGUUAUGCAAUACUUUCACGAGCACGAGUCCCAUCUUGUUCGGGGGCGUCGACAUGGUCAUUUUAAGCGGAAACGCUUCUGGGCUGCGGGUGUGAAUGAUAUGUGGGCCGUCGAUCAACACGAUAAGUGGAAAUACAAAUUCGGACUUGCUCUUCACACCGGAAUUGACCCGUUCAUUGGAUAUAUUCACUGGAUAAAGAUCUGGUGGAACAAUAGUAAUCCGCGCCUCAUCCUGAGCUACUAUCUGGAGGCAAUUGAAACGCUUGAAUGCAUCCCGCUUGUGACUCAAAGCGACCCCGGAUCCGAAAAUCACCGAUACAUGCGCCAAAAGAAGAACGUCAUGCCAGAGAUCACAUGGAGUGUCCUGCGCCGGCGUUUCACACCUGGAUUCGAGAAUAUUCUCGAUGAAGGCGUGACUAAUGGCUGGUAUGACCCCGGUGUGCUCUUACAAGCGCUUGUGUGUCGCUGGGUUUUCAUCCCAUGGCUGCAGGCAGAGCUUGACACAUACCGUCGACGAGUCAACAUGACUGCAAAACGUCGAGACCGCAAUAAGAUUCUGCCUCAUGGUGUUCCGCAGCACAUGCUUGAGUUUCCGGAUGAGUACGCAAUUCUCGAUUUCAAGAUCAAAGUGAAACAAGAGCAUAUAAAUACGGUUCGCCAACAGUAUGCUGAUCCCAGCCACGAUAUAUUUCAACUGGUGCCGCCGGACUUCGCACAAUUAAUUCAAUCAUUCUAUGUCGACCUUGGCGAGCCAUCAAUUACUCGGGAGACGUGCUGGGAGAUCUACAGACAGCUACUUCGCUGCUUCGAGCACCUCGACAAGGUUCACAACAUUGACAGUAGUGUUGAUGACAUGUGGGGUUUUGCACUCACUCAGGCUGAAAACGAGUAUCGCAACGAGAUGCAGCCCCUCCCAAACCUUCGUCCACUGCGUGGUGGGGAGGAUAUUGUGGGUCAGGAUGGCGGAUAUUACAUGGGUGGUGUAAACGGCGGCAAUGGACUUGAUGAUGCUCAGCACGCUCAGCUCCAACGUCUGAUUGACGAAGUGGAGCCUAACGUUGCUGGUGAGACUGACUUUGAAGGGGAGGACGACAUUUGUGCUUGGUUUUCGGACGAAGAGGGCCCCGAUGAGCUGGCGGCUGCGGAUGAAUGGUAGACUAUGUCCUUACAUUUUAUGUGUUCCUUUUUUACAUAUUCUAUCGCUGUUUUACUCAU